CAGUCCGAACGUUGAUUUGAUUUUACAGUAUAAUAACUGCUCAGAAAACGCGAGUGGAUAAGACGGGAUGGCCUUUCCUGACAUCACAGAGGAUGACCUAAAUGAACUGAUGCGUGAGGAGGCAGAGGAUGUUUUUGAUGAUGACGGAGUGUCCUCACGCUUCCCAGACAUCAUGGCUGCUGGCACUCACUCUCCUGGAGGACCCAAUGGCAUCAUCAGGAGCCAGUCGUUCGCUGGCUUCAGCACCCUGCAGGAGAGACGCUCACGGUGCAACUCCUUCAUGGGGAACUCGGCAGUGCAGAAGAAGCCCAUCUCCAAGCCCAGGAAGCCCCAUCUGUCCGGGCAUAAAUCCAGCAGCAGCAGCAGCAGCUCACGAGAGCCACAGCCUAAACGUGUGGAGGAGGUUUACAGCGCACUCAAGCAAGGCCUGGAUGAAUAUCUGGAGGUGCACCAAACCGAGCUGGAUAAACUCACUUCCCUCAUGAAGGACAUGAAGAGGAACUCCAGACUGGGUGUGCUGUAUGAUCUUGACAAGCAAAUCAAGACCAUAGAGCGAUACAUGCGACGACUGGAGUUUCACAUCAGCAAGGUCGAUGAGCUGUACGAGGGCUUUUGCAUUCAGAGGAGGUUGCGUGAUGGCGCCAGUAAGAUGAAACAGGCCUUCACUGCUUCGCCCUCCACCAAAGGCACACGUGAGAGCCUGGCGGAGGUCAAUCGCAGAUACAAAGAAUAUACAGAGAACAUGAGCACUUUUGAGGGCGAGCUGGAGAACCUGUUGGGGGAGUUUCAUAUCAAAAUGAAAGGAUUAGCUGGUUUUGCCAGACUUUGUCCUGGUGAUCAGUAUGAGAUUUUCAUGAGAUACGGCCGACAGCGGUGGAAACUGAAGGGGAAGAUCGAAGGAAACUCUAAGCAGAGUUGGGAUGGAGAGGAGAUGAUCUUCAUGCCCCUUAUUUCAGACCUUAUUAACAUCAAGGUGACCGAGUUAAAGGGUUUGGCCACUCAUGUUUUGGUGGGCAGUGUGAUCUGUGAAACCAAGGACCUGUUCACCGCUAUGCCUCAGGUGGUUGCUGUAGACGUCAACGACCUGGGAACCAUUAAACUUAACCUGGAGGUCGCCUGGUUUCCGUUUGACGUGGAGGAUCUGACUCUGUCCUCUGGGAACGUGAGUAAAGCCACUGCCCUUCAGAGACGGGUUUCAGUCUAUAGCCAAGGCACACCCGAGACGCCCACUUUCCAGGACACAUCUUUCUUUAAGUGGCAGCCCAGGCGAUGGGAAGGCCAGCGUCUCUCGUUUUUGCACACACUCAGAGAGACUCUAAUAGAGAAACUCAGACGCAGCCGCUCUUUCGGCGAUCUGGCCGCACUGAGACCUCGCUCAAGGUCCAGUCUAGAAGUCUACUCCACUUUACCAGAUGACGUCUUUGAGAAUGGAGGCUGCGGUGUGGCUGAAUGCAAGCGUCUGUCUUUCACCUUCUCAGACACGUCCACCUCAAGCCCUGUCCCUGUCCAGUCAAACCCUGAGAUUACAGUUACCCCUCCCGAGACGGACCCAUCAUCUGAACCACCUCCAACCUCAGAGGAGCAGCUGGUUGAGGAGGAGUGUGUAGAAGAAGACUGCGGCAGUAUCAGCGUCAGUGUCAGCGUCAGUGAUCCGGACCUCGAGUGGGACCAGGUUGAAACCCAGGGGCCUGAAACAGGCUCUGUGGCCCUCUCGUUGUGCUCUGAGAGUCAGCUUUCUGCAGUAGGACCAGAGGACGUGGUGUUUCUGGAGCCCAAUGUGUCUGAUGAAGCCCUGGAGCUGAAGCCGGUGGAGCUGGAUGGGGAGGAAGGCAGUCUGACCAGGCAGCUGGUGAGGAGGCUGACCUCGUCUGAUAUGCUGCCUGAGACCAGUGCUCUGAGCUGGGCUGGAGAGAACAGCAGGACUUUUAUGGAGAGCAGUCUGGAGGAGGUCAUUCAGUCGCUGCUCCUGCGGCUAGAGAGUUUAGGGCAGCGCUGCGGGGAACUGCAGGACCUGGAGCAGGAAGUCAUGAGACUUGAAGACCUGCUCAAGUGUCGAGUGCAUGCCCAUAGGAGCCGCUCAUCAAGCCUCAGUUUGACGGUAGAAAGCGCUCUGGAAAGUUUUGACUUCCUCAACACCUCUGACUUCGAUGACGAUGACACAGGAGAUGACGCUGGCACUCUCUCACGUGCUGUCUUCUUUGACAUGGAGUCAGAGAGAAUGGGGUCAGGUCAACAUCCAGAAGCGCGAGGCCAUCUGAGUGAAGCCCUCACAGAGGACACAGGCGUGGGGAACAGUGUGGCCGGCAGCCCUUUGCCCCUCACGACAGGAAACGAGAACCUAGACGUAGCCGUCGUCAUUCAUCUGCAAUACUGCAAUCAUCUCAUUCAGUUGUUGACUUCAGGAGGAAGCCAGUCACAGCAUAAGACAUACCUGCACAAACUAGCAACUCAAACUCUGCUGUUGGAGGAGCUCAGUGAGAGGAACUUUGACAGACCGAGCAGCUGCACUUCAGUGCCUGAUGUGCUGCCGGGGCUGGUGGAGCGGCCAGCGCUGAUGUCUCUAUGGUCCGACUGCAGCGGUGGGCUUUUCCACAGCACACUAGACCGAGUGUUAAAGCACAUGCAUCUCAGCUUUGCCUUAGGACUGCAACAGGUUCUGCCUCACUCUCCUGACUCAGUGAUCAAGAUGGUGGUGAAUGAGAUGAUGGACAGGAGUGAACUGGCCUCCUCCUCAACUUCUCCAGCACAGGACGUCAUCACUGUGUUUCAGUUCCACCGCUACAUUGUUGAACACUGUAUCACAGACAUGGAGCAACACCUGCUGGAUUUAGCCAAAGAGGUCAUGCUUGAAGAAGCCCUGAGAUGUGGAGAUCCAGAACGCUCUCUGAAGGAACUACAGGAAGUGUCCAUCACGUGUCUUCAGCCCCGUUCUCAAACUCUAUUGGCUGUGGCUGGUCUGCUGACCACUGAUGACCCUGAAGUGAUGAAGGCCACCUCAGACUUCCUCUCCUCUGCUGCCUCACAUCAGCCCUUCAGGUCAAAGGCUGUUGAUUGUUACACACAAGCCUUAUCAGAAAGUCAGUUACACACACAGAGAGCUGCAUGUGCUGCUCUGAGCUGCCUUCAGGCUGUGGAGAGCAUUGAUGCUGUCAUUUUACUGUGUGACUCUGUGGAUGAAGAGCUCCGGCAGAUUGCUAUUGAAACCCUCCUCACUUUCGGUGAGGAUGGGCGGCUGGCAUACGAGCAACUGGACACCGUCCCGAGGGAGAUGGUGCGGCUGGGCACUCGGCGUGGAAAUGCGGUGACCACUUCAUUUUAG